CUUGACGCAAAUCACUGUCUAAUUGCUCACCGCUUCAUUCACGGGACCCAGCGCUGUCUGUCGACUUUAGCCUUUCCCGAUGCUCGCGGCCAGGCAGCUGAGCAGCCACAGGCCAGGCCGGUUCGGCCAUCGUAACCGGGCGGCGCUGAGGAUUCAAGCAAUUUCAGCACCUGUGACCACUGGCGAGGGCGAAUGCCCGCUGUUCCAGACGCGUGAGGGGAAGAUCGUUCCAGCCAUGUGUGCGGACUACGGCUUCCGCAGCGGCAGCGGGCGGCUGUAUCAGGAGGGGUACGGCGAGGUGCCCAAGGACGUAUGGCAGCUGGCCAAGGACAACUACCUGCAUGAGUUCACUCAGCUGCGGCGCUCCACCCGCUACCCGCCCUCCGACAUCACGGCGCCGGAUGGUGCCGUUGCCAAGGUGCUGCACUCAGCGGGCGCAGCGGCGGCCCGCGCGUUCGGGUCUCUGGACAAGGCGUUGGAGAACGCGGGCGUGCUGCCAGAGCUCGCGCCGCCGCCCGUGCUGAGCGCGCUGGAGACACAGGAGUUCAAGCAGAUCCGCGCCAAGCUGGACAAGCUGGAGCUGUCUGUGUCGGACGUGGUUGCGGUGGAGCACGCCCGCAUCGCGCGCACCGGCGACAUGACCAGCCCGGCCUGGGUGAAGGCGCCCUUCUACGCGCUGUGCUUCGUGCUGGACGUCAUGUACCCCAAGAACAAGGCGAUAGAGAAGUUCUGGGUGCUCGAGACGGUGGCGCGCAUCCCCUACUUCGCCUACAUCUCCAUCCUGCACCUGUACGAGUCGCUGGGCUUCUGGCGGGCCGGCGCGGAGCUUCGCAAAAUUCACUUUGCCGAGGAGUGGAACGAGAUGCACCACCUGCAGAUCAUGGAGAGCCUGGGCGGCGACCGCGCCUGGUUCGACCGCUUUAUCGCCGAGCACGCGGCCGUGUUCUACUACUGGGUGCUCAUCGCGUUCUACCUGGUGUCGCCCCGCAUGGCCUACAACUUCAUGCAACGGGUGGAGCUGCACGCCGCAGACACCUACUCCGCCUUCGUGGAGCGCAACCGGACCGCCCUGGCCGACAUCCCGCCGCCGCUGGUGGCUCUGCAGUACUACUACAGCGACGACCUGUACCUGUUCGACGAGUUCCAGACCGCCUCGCGCGGCGCGCCCGGUGUGCCGCCCCGCCGGCCGCCCUGUGAGAACCUGCUGGACGUGUUCACGAACAUCCGGGACGACGAGCUGGAGCAUGUCAAGACCAUGGUGGCGUGCCAGGAGUCCACCAUUGCCAAGGACAUUGCUGCCUCGUCAUCCGGCUCGGCGCCCCGCCGCUGAUGACAUCCUGGCGGCUGAAGCGGCAGGACGGACCUGUGUGAGGAGCUGUGGGGAAGGGGCGGCAUGGAUUUUAGCGCAGGUUCCUGUAGCAGGCGCGCUGCCGCAGUAUCAGGGAGGAGUACAUAGUCAUGGAGCCGCGCGCCAGUACUGUGUUGGGGCUGCACGCUUUGUGCCUCGCGGGCAAUGCAAGGCCAGAGUGCAAGCGGAAGACUGUUAUGGAGCAGGCGGCAUACCCGCAAGCCUAUCAGUGCAAUGAAGAACGUGGUGGUGGCCCGGACGUUGCACAGUAUCAGUCAAGUGUCGGUGUGUUUGUGACCCUUCGUUUGAUAUCGAGAGACAGAGAGUAGCAGGACUGGUGCUUCCUUUUGACGACGACUGUACGUGGUGGUGGGGAUGGGGGGCACUACUGCCUUGCCGUGACGGUUGGCGUUUCAGCUUUGAUGUGCUUGAGUGAUCCACAUCAGCUUUUGCGUCACGCGAGCGACCAAGCAGGCCAGGCAUGUCUGAGUGUGUGCUUGUUGCAGGCAUCAUAUGGAAGUUCACGUAUGAGCACAAGUUCAUUAACAUAGUAUGCGCACACGCAUAGUCUUAAGACUGCUGGUGCCGGGGGGCUUACGAUUCUUUAAGCUACC